AUGCUCAAAUUCACGCUGCUGAACAGUUAUACUGAGAAAAGUGAUGCAACGUUUCUCCGCAUCACUCCAGACAGACUGCAACACUUUAAAUUUGACUCAGUGGCUUUUCACUGCGUGGAGCCCGAUGGCUUGACUAAAUUGAGAGUAAUCAGAAAUAAUACGGAAAUUGAUCCAGGAUGUCAGAUUCAGAGGACGUCGACAGGGUCCUCCUGCACCAUUAGGAGAGUCUAUCCAGCAGACAGUGGACAGUACUGGUGUGAGACUGAACAAGGAGACAAAAGCAACAGUGUCUAUGUCACUGUAACCGCUGGUUCAGUGAUCCUGGAGAGUCCGGUCCUCCCUGUGAGCGACGGAAAAGCUGUGACGCUGCGCUGCAGAAGUAAGGCGACUUCCACCAACACCUUGGCCGUUUUCUAUAAAAAUGGCCAUCUUGUGAAGAGCUUUCCUUCGGGAGAGAUGACCAUCCACAGUGUUUCCAAAUCUCAUGAAGGACUCUACAAGUGCAACAUCUCAGGUGUUGGAGAGUCAACGGAGAGCCGGCUGGCUGUCAGAGCACGUACCGUUUCUGUCACCCCUCAAAAACCUCAUGAAGACCCCCACUCUGGCGACUCCAACGGCCGUCAUGUCUCCAUCCUGCUGUGGAUCGCUGUCACCAUUUUAAUCACGGCUCUGCUGCUGGUGGGGCUCCUUAAUAUAAGGAAACACAGAGUGUCAGUUGAGCUGCUGGUUGAGAUGUGUUGA